GAAGAAGAAGAAGAAGAAGAAGAAGAAGAAGAAGAAGAGGAAGAAGCAGCAGCAGCAGAAGAAGAAGCUAACUUCAAAACAAUACGUUGUGGAGCACAUAGUCAAAAUGGUUCCAUCAAAUCUUGGGGAAGAAAUGUCUACUGAAGUAGCGUUACCACCUGAGUGGGAGGACGAUGAACGGAUGAAUUUCCUGUUCUCUGACUUUAAAGAAAACCGAGAUGUCAGCACAACAGAUUGGGACAGUAAAAUGGAUUUCUGGACAUCACUCAUUCUUAAAAUCUGCAGGAGUCGCGGAACCGUCUGUGUUAAUUUGCAGGAGCUGAACAAGAUUUUUCAGAGAAAAGGAAUUAUGCCUUUGGGUUUGGCUACUGUCAUUCAGUGCAUGGCCAGGUGUGGCAAGAUACAAAGAGAGUCAGAGUUUGCCACAAAUGUAGACUGUGGGUGGGUGUCUUGGGGUGUUGGCCUGUUGUUGGUGAAGCCUUUAAAAUGGACCUUUUCAACUCUUAUUGGUAGCAGUGGGGUUACUUUGAAGGAGUUGUUUGUUGUCAUCGAACUGGUAAAGGAGAAGGCAGCAGAAUUGCUUGGUGUCUACCGGAGCUCCCCAGUGGCCAACCACUCUCUCCUGUCCUUCCAGGAGCUCCGUACACUGUCGUCCCAUGUCUGUGUUGACGAGAGUACCUUGUGUAUGGCUCUGCUACAGCUGCAGAGGGAGAAGCAGGUGACAGUAUCACUGCAUGGAGGCGAGAAGAUUGUGAAGUUUUCUCAGCCAGGACAGAAUCAUGUGUCUCCUGUCAGUGAUGUAGACCUAGGCAUCUACCAACUCCAGCGCAGUGAGAGACUGCUUGAAGAGAGGGUGGAUGCAUUGGGGCUAGAGGCAGAGAAGUACAAAGAAGAAGCUAGGGUGUUGCUGCGGGAAGGGAAGAAAUCUCAGGCUCUAAGGUGUUUGAGAAGCCGAAAGAGAGUCGAGAAGAAAGCAGACCACUUAUAUGCCCAGCUGGAAAAUGUGAAGGGAAUCCUAGACAAGAUCGCAAACUCACAGACCGACAAACUAGUGAUACAGGCGUAUCAGGCUGGUGUGUCAGCCCUGCGACUGUCUUUGAAGGAUGUGACAGUAGAAGGAGCUGAGAGCCUUGUGGAUCAAAUCCAAGAGUUGUGUGACACUCAGGAUGAAGUGAACCAAAUUCUGGCUGGUGGAGCACUCAACUCAACGGAUGCAGACACAGACGGACUGGAGGAUGAGCUAAGAUUUUUAUUGGAGAACUCUAAUCUGGAUGAGCCUUCUACGCUACCUGAAGUACCGUCACACCCUCUUUCACCUGUCAGGGAAUCUGGUUCUCUUUGUGAUGAUCUGCUGAGCGCUUUGCCCUCAGUCCCUCAAAACCACUUCAAUAUAACAGGUGAUGAACUGGACAAAGCGCGUAGUUGCAUAACGCUUGCAGAUACAGGUGUUCAACAAAAGAAGACAAAAAUAUCGUACCUCUCCAGUGAAGAGGGCUGAACCUGCACAGUGACAACAGAAAUGAAAUAAGUCAACUGCACUAAUGAUCCCUGACCCUCAAAAUGUGUCUGGGCAUGUGAUCACUUUUUUUUAAAGGGGGUAGAUCAGCUUUAAUAUUGCAGAUUGUAGCUUCCAUCGACGUAAUUGUCAGCAUCCCUUCCAAACCGCCAAAUAUUUUUUUGUGUUUUUGAAAGCAAAAAAUAAUUGUCCCUAUAAAAUAACAUCAAAUUGAUCAGAAAUAUAGUGUAGACAUUGUUAAUGGUCUAAAUGACUAUUGAAGCUGGAAACGGCAGAUUUCUUUAAAUGGAAUAUCU